UUGACGACUGCGGUAAAGGUCAGGUGGUCGCCAUAGCAGUAACCACUGGAGGUAAACAGGAAGGUGUUAAAGAUGUAGUUGACAUCACAGAAUCAAUCUUCAAGAAAGCUGACAUUCCAUUUACUAUUCACAAUAUAGGUGUGGAUGCUUGUGACUCAUCAUUAAACGAGUUUCAAGAAAGAGGGUUUUCAGUUUCAAUAUGCCGUUUUCAUUUCAUCAAGGACAUCCAAUCAAAUUUGAAAGACAAAGUGUCCGAUACUAAAGUUCGAUCAGAAUUGUUAGGCUUGGUCUAUAGAAUGCUCAUAAGCACACAUGAUGAUGACUACCAUGAUUGUUUAGAGGCUUUGGAAAACACAGACAAAGAAGGUGCUUUUUACAAAUACUUCCAUGAGCAAUGGAAUAAGCAUCGACAUUUAUUAACAAAUGCAGGCCGAACAAGUAGCAUGUCUUUUAUGAACACGACCAAUUAUGUGGAAAGUGCAAUUAAGAGCCUACAAAAGCAAAUCAAGGGAACAACUCAGAAGAAGAAAUCUCUUCAUGUUUGUUUAUUGUUGUCGAUUUUGGCAAUAAGAGGACAAGUGUUAAAUGUUGUUCCUACCGAUUUCAAUGAAAGUGAAAAAGAAGCAAAUCAACGGUUGGCAAAAGCCCGAGAAAUGGUGAAACUCCCUAUAGUUGUUGGUGAUAACAAUUAUGUUGUACCAAGUGAAUCAGAUGAUGAUAAUUAUCUUGUUGUUGUUGGUGAGCAAGGUUUUUUUUGCUCAUGUGAUGAUUUUCUACACACCUGCGGCCGACCAUGCAAGCACAUUUAUAGGGUAAUACUUUCCUUACCGGUGGCUCAAAAUUAUUUGGGUCGCAGUGCUGUGGAAUUGUUGCAGGGUGUUUGCAUUUUUUUUAACAUCAACAUUGAAUUAAACAGAACCUCCACUAUUCCACACUUUAUUCCAAAGGAUGAACCAUUACUUCUUCCUUUGGCAAUCAAUAACAAAUUCCCGAGAAGGAAAAAGUGCGGUAGAAAACACAAACCACCAAUUCCAAUUACUAAUCCAACAACAAAGUAUGAUCAUGUACAUGUAGAUGACAAUAUUGAAGUCGUUCCUUUAGAUGAGAACUUGCAAUGUUCUGUGGAUGAACUGAUUCUUUCCAAAAAUGAGCUUGUAGGUAUUGUGAAGAACGGAGAAGAAAUUCUCUUACAUAUUAAAAUACCAAACAGAAAAAAUGUAAUAGAUUUAGAGAUAUUCAAAACCAAGCACCAAGAAACUCAAAUACGGAUCUUCUGGGCUUUUAUUGAAGAAAGUUUGAAUAGAUGUGAUGCUUCCUAUGUAAAGAAGAUAAAAACCGCUGAGAAUGAAACUGUAACAGGAGUGAAAUUAUCUAAAGACAAGACAAAG